UCGAGUCGCGGCUGCCAUCUCCCGUGCCGUACGCGAGCCCAGCUGUUAGGUGCAAAUUCCUUGCUUGCAUCGCGUUGCUGGUUACAAAUUGACAAGCGUUUGCUGCUAAUCCGCCCGCGCGGCCGCUCCUUGCAGCCAUGAAGCUUGCAGCUCUCCUACUCGCUGCCUCUGCGGCCGCAUUCAUGCCGUCGUUGCACCCGCGGCGCAUCAGCGUCGAGCUGGGCGCCAAGCGCCGGCUGAAGAAGGCCCUCAGCGACGCCAAGAAGCCGAAGCGCGCGUCCAAAAAGGCGUCGGCGGCGCCGGUGCGCUCGCUCGACGAGGAGAUCGCCAAGCGCGAGCGGCCGAAGGGCGUCGCCGUCGGCGACUAUCUGGAAUCGCUGCGGGCGGCGGACCCCGCGCCAAAGGCCGCGGACGCUGCCGCGCUGUUCAACGAGGCCGAAGCCGCUGCGUCCGAAGCCAGCGACCUCAGCAAGCAGGCCGCGGCACUCGCCGACGAUUCGGCCGCCAAAGCCGCGGCGGAGGUGGCCGAGGCGGCCGAGCGCGAGGCGGCGGCGGCGGCAGCCGAGACCGCGGCCAAGAAGGCUGCCGCCGAGGCCGCGGCGCGGGAAAAGGAAGCUCUGGAGCGCGAGAAGGCCGCCGCGGCGCAGCGCGCGAAGGAGGAGCAGGAGGCGCGCGACGCCGAGGCCGCGCGCCUCGCCGCGAAGGCCGAAGCCGAGGCCCAAGCGAAGGCCGAAGAGGAAGCACGCGUCGCCGCCGAGAAGAAGGCGGAGGAGGAACGGCUCGCCGAGGAAGCUCGCAUGGCUGAGGAGGCGCGCCUGGCCGAAGAGGCCCGCAAGGCUGAGGAAGCUAGGAUCGCGGAAGAAAAACGCAUCGAGGAAGAGCGGAUCGCUGCUGAGAAAGCCGCCGAAGAGGCGCGCCUGAAGGCUGAGGCCGAGGCGAAGGCCAAGGCCGAGGAGGAGGCCCGCAUCGCCGAGGAGAAGCGGAAGGCCGAGGAAGCUAGGAUCGCGGAAGAAAAGCGCCUGGCCGAAGAGAAGCGCCUCGCCGAGGAGGCGGCGGCGCGCGGCGACUUGGUGUUGGCCGCGGCGGACGCGGCGGCGAGCUGGCCGCCGGCCGCGGCCAUCGGGCCUUUGCAAGAUGCGCUCGCCAAGGCGGCAUCAUUAGGCAUCACGGACGGUAAUGAUGUGGACGCCGCGAAGGACGCGAUCGCGGCGGCCGAGCGCAUCGCGGCCCUCGCCGCUGAAGGUGCUGAGGUCCAGCCGAAACGCAAAGCGGCGGCCAAGGCCGCGCAGGACUGGCAGGUCGCGCGCAAGGUCGAGGGCCUCCGCGCGGAGGGCGAGAAAGUUAUAUCGAGGCGGGCCGAAGGUGCUCAAAAACUGCAAGCAUACGUGAAGGAGACGCGGGCGGCGGCCAUCGUCGGCGACUGGGCCGACGCCGACGGCAUGCUUUGUAGAUUGAAAGCAGACGGCACGGUCCUCGUGCCGCCGUCGCGUGGUUCUGGAGGCACCUGGAAGGUCGUCGACGAGGACGGCUUCUCGACGUCGAUCGAGCUCACGCUCGCGCUGGCCCAGACGACGCGCAACGGCGUGCCCGCCGGCAACCGCGAGCACACGCUCCGGGGGAGCGUCGCGUCCGGCACGAUGACUGGCACGGUCGAGACGACGAUGUUCGGCUCCGUGGCACGGGGGGACCUCGAGCUGACGAAGAUGUGAACUUCACGGGCCUGGGGCUAAUCUUCUGUGUUGCU